UUACUGAUUAUUUUAAAACUUCAAUCAUUUCUAAAUAAAAAGCUUAAACUGUUUUCUGACAUUAAACUGUUCCCCAUGUGCUUGGUGUUGCUGGGAAAAGAAACCCCACUUCUAAUGUAACCGUUUUUUGUUAGGAAAGAGGUCUAUCUUUUAUUAAAAUAGAGUAUAAAACUGCAUAUGGGAUAGAGCUUUUCUUCUGCCUUUAUAGUCCAGCCAUAUUGCUUAUUAGGCUGACCUCAGUUUUGGGAGAAUCACUUGGUUGGUUCUAAAUAUAGCACUGCAUCUGCCCUUAAAUGGGAGUGAAGGGGCAGUAGCCUUUAGAGAGGGGAAUUAUUUUUGUUUUCCUCAGCCAGAGUUUGCUAAGCUGGGAAAGGCUGGUCUUCCUCUCUGCUUUGCAGUUUUUCUAUAUCCCUUGGAAUUACUGAUUGUAACAAACUGAAAUAUGUCUUCAGUAGCGGUGCCAUUUUACCAGAGAAGGCAUAAGCACUUCGAUCAGUCCUAUCGCAACAUUCAGACAAGAUAUGUACUUGAGGAAUACGCAGCAAGAAAGGCUGCUUCCAGACAGGCUGCUUAUUAUGAAUCAUCUGGCUUGGGAAAAACGACAUGUAGACUCUGUGCCAGGAGGGCACGCACCUUGGCUCAUGAAGCAAUGCAAGAAUCCAGGAAAAGGACUCAUGAACAAAAGUCUCAUGCAAGUGACGAGAAAAGGAUCCGGUUUGCCAGUGAGUUGUCUGCUUUGGAAAAAGAGAUUCACACAGCCAGGCACCGUGCUAGAGAACAUCUGGAUAGGCUUGCUAUACAAAGGAUGGUAGAAGAAAAUAUGGCUCUGGAAAGACACGCUGUUGAGGAAAGGAUAAGUCGAGCUCCUGAAAUUCUAGUGCGCCUGAGGUCUCACACUGUCUGGGAAAAGAUGUCUGUGAGCCUUUGCUUCACUGUACAAGGAUUUCCCACCCCUGUUGUACAAUGGUACAAAAACGAGGAAUUGAUUACCCCUGCAAGUGAUCCAACAAAGUACAGAAUUGAAAGCAAAUACGGAGUACAUGUGUUGCAUAUAAACAGAGCUAAUUUUGAUGAUUCUGCUACCUAUUCAGCAGUUGCAACAAAUGCCCAUGGGCAGGCAUCAACUAAUUGCGCUGUGAUUGUGCGAAGGUUCAGAGAUGGUGAAGAGCCCCACCCAGCUGGGAUAAUGCCCUUCCACUUGCCCCUGUCAUAUGAUGUUUGCUUCACCCACAUUGAUGUCCAGUUUCUGGAGAAGUUUGGAGUCACCUUUGCAACUGAAGGUGAAACACUGACCCUGAAGUGUUCUAUGUUGGUCACCCCAGACCUGAAAAGACUACGACCUCGUGCUGAGUGGUAUAGAGAUGAUGUGCUGAUAAAGGACUCCAAGUGGACGAAGCUGUAUUUUGGAGAGGGCCAGGCAGCUCUUUCCUUUACCCAUCUGAACAAAGAUGAUGAAGGUUUAUACACCCUGCGGAUGGUUACAAAAGGUGGAGUGAGCGAAUACAGUGCAUACCUGUUUGUCAGAGAUGCUGAUGCAUUGAUCGCAGGAGCACCAGGGGCACCGAUGGAUGUUAAAUGCCAUGAUGCUAACAGAGACUAUGUUAUUGUUACCUGGAAACCACCAAAUACAACCAGUGAGAGCCCAGUCAUUGGAUAUUUUGUUGACAAAUGUGAAGUAGGUUUGGAAAACUGGGUCCAGUGCAAUGACGCUCCUGUAAAAAUCUGCAAGUAUCCUGUGACUGGUCUUCAGGAAGGACGGUCUUACAUAUUCCGUGUGAGAGCAGUGAACAGUGCUGGCAUUAGCAGGCCUUCUCGAGUCUCUGAACCCGUUGCAGCUCUUGACCCUGUUGACCUGGAGAGAACACAAACUAUUCAUGUGGAUGAAGGGCGAAAGAUUAUUCUCAGUAAGGAUGACCUUGAAGGCGAUAUUCAGAUUCCAGGCCCUCCCACCAAUGUACAUGCUUCAGAAAUCAGCAAAACAUAUGUUGUACUCAGCUGGGAUCCACCUGUUCCCCGUGGCAGGGAGCCACUGACGUAUUUCAUUGAGAAGUCCAUGGUUGGCAGUGGAAGCUGGCAAAGAGUCAAUGCACAGGUUGCAGUAAAAUCUCCUCGCUAUGCAGUGUUUGACCUUGCAGAAGGAAAAUCGUAUGUUUUUCGAGUCUUGUCAGCAAACAAGCAUGGCGUCAGUGAUCCAUCUGAAAUCACAAAACCUAUUGAACCACAAGAUACCGUUGUCGUUCCAUCUACACCUGGUCAGGUAGUGGCCACAAGGAAUACCAAAACAUCAGUUGUAGUUCAAUGGGAAAAACCAAAACAUGAAGAGGAUUUAUAUGGCUACUACAUUGACUAUUCUGUGGUGGGAUCAAAUCACUGGGAACCGAGUAACCAUAAACCUAUUAAAUACAACAGGUUUGUUGUUCAUGGUUUGGAAACUGGAGAGCAGUACAUCUUCCGUGUGAAAGCUGUGAAUGCUGUAGGAUUCAGUGAAAACUCACAGGAGUCGGAGGCUAUAACAGUACAGGCAGCCCUUACUUGUCCGUCAUAUCCUCAUGGUAUCACACUUCUGAACUGUGAUGGUCAUUCAAUGACUCUUGGCUGGAAAGCACCGAAGUACAGUGGAGGUUCACCAAUCCUUGGUUAUUAUAUGGAUAAAAGGGAAGCUAACCAUCAAAACUGGCAUGAAGUAAAUUCUUCCCUUAUUACCAGGACAAUUUAUACGGUAGAGGAUCUGACAGAAGAUGCCUUCUACGAAUUCAAAGUUGCUGCUGCAAAUCUGAUUGGAAUAGGUCAACCUUCAGAUCCCAGUGAGCAUUUUAAGUGUAAAGCCUGGACUAUGCCAGAACCUGGUCCUGCCUAUGAUCUCACGAUUUGUGAAGUUAGAAAUACAUCACUGGUUCUUCUGUGGAAAGCUCCUGUGUAUGAAGGCAAAAGCCCUAUUACUGGGUAUUUAGUGGACUAUAAGGAAGUAGAUACAGAAGACUGGAUCACUGCUAAUGACAAACCUACUUCAAAGCGCUAUUUUAAGGUCACUGAUUUACAUCAGGGUCAUACCUAUGUUUUCAAAGUUCGUGCAGUGAAUGAUGCCGGGGUAGGCAAGUCAUCUGAGAUAUCUGAACCAGUGCUUGUCGAGGCACGGCCAGGAACAAAAGAAAUCUUUUCAGGUGUGGAUGAUGAGGGUAAUAUUUACCUUGCUUUUGAGUGCAAAGAAGCUACAGAUGCAUCUCAUUUUGCGUGGGGUAAAUCAUAUGAGGAGAUUGAUGAUUCUGAUAAGUUUAAGAUUGAAACAAAAGGAAAUCAUUCUAAGCUGUACUUCAAAAAUCCUGAUAAAUCAGACUUGGGAACUUACUCUAUCUCAGUUAGUGACACAGAUGGGGUUUCAUCCAGCUUCGUAAUGGAUGAUGAAGAGUUUGAACGUUUGUUGGCAUUAAGCAAUGAAAUAAAGAAUCCAACAAUACCUCUGAAAUCAGAAUUAGCUUAUGAGGUUCUUGACAAAGGAGAAGUUCGUUUCUGGAUUCAGGCUGAAAGUUUAUCACCAAAUUCUACCUUCAGAUUCGUUAUUAAUGAUAAAGAAGUUGAAAACAGUGAUAGGCAUAAAAUAAAUUGUGACCGUUCAAAUGGCAUUAUAGAAAUGGUGAUGGACCGAUUUACAAUUGACAAUGAAGGUACCUACACAGUACAGAUUCAAGAUGGAAAGGCCAAGAACCAGUCUUCAUUAGUUCUCAUUGGAGAUGCAUUCAAGGCAGUAUUGGCUGAGUCUGAGCUCCAGCGAAAGGAAUUUCUCAGGAAGCAAGGUCCUCACUUCUCAGAGUUUCUGUAUUGGGAAGUUACAGAGGAAUGUGAAGUUUUACUUGCUUGUAAGGUUGCGAACACAAAGAAGGAGACUGUUUUCAAGUGGUAUAAGGAUGGUUCUGGGAUUGACGUUGAGGUGCCUGAUCUGCAGCAGGGAAAAUGUCACCUUAGUAUUCCCAGGCUGUCUCGCAAAGAUGAAGGAGUUUAUAAGGCAACACUAUCAGAUGAUAGAGGUCAUGAUGUAUCUACUCUUGAAUUAUCAGGAAAAGUGUACAAUGAUAUAAUUCUGGCAUUGAGCCGAGUCAGUGGUAAGUCAGCCUCUCCACUGAAGAUCCUUUGCACUGAGGAAGGAAUAAGGCUCCAGUGUUUCUUGAAGUACUACAAUGAAGAAAUGAAAGUUAGCUGGUCUCACAGGGAAUCUAAGAUUCCUUCUGGUGAAAAGAUGAAGAUUGGAGGUGGAGAGGAUGUUGCCUGGCUGCAGAUAGUUGAACCCACUGAAAAGGAUAAGGGGAACUACACCUUUGAAAUCUUUGGCGACAAGGAAUCCUACAAACGCACACUUGAUCUGUCUGGGCAAGCUUUUGAUGAUGCAUAUGCAGAAUUCCAGCGACUCAAGGCAGCUGCUUUUGCUGAGAAGAAUCGUGGUAAAGUCAUUGGUGGUUUGCCUGAUGUCGUUACUAUAAUGGAUGGGAAGACGCUGAAUCUGACCUGUACUGUGUUUGGAAAUCCUGACCCCGAAGUGAUUUGGUUCAAGAAUGACAAGGUCUUUGAACUUAAUGAGCACUAUGUGUUUUCACUGGAACAAGGGAAAUAUGCCAGUUUAACAAUCAAGGGAGUGACCUCAGAAGACUCAGGCAAAUACAGCAUCCAUGUCAAGAACAAGUAUGGUGGGGAAACAGUGGAUGUCACUGUAAGUGUGUACAGACAUGGUGAAAAAAUGCCUGAAAUUAAGCCCGGCCAGCUUGCUAAACCCAGGCCAAUACCACCAUCAGAAGAAGUCCUCAAACCUAAGGGCAACACAAAAUCCAGUAAGAAGUAAAGGUUGACAAACAAAAUAGAAUACAUGAGCUGUAGUUGAGGUAUUCCCCCACGUAACUAGUUGGUAAUGUCCAAAGGGAAACUGAGCUUUUAGGAGUUUGCUUUAGGGAGGUAGCUGUGCUAUGGUGCUGUACACAUCUGCAACAAUCUCACUUGGAAUACAUGUAAUAGGGUGGGACUUACAAAUAGCAAAAAACCAAAUGCCUGCCAGACGUUCCCAUAUGCAAUAGCAAGUUGCACAGACGUACAGUAAACCUCCAUUUCCCCCUCUCUAAUCUUCCACAAAAAAACCCCAAACCUACCCAACAACCCUCUGAGAACAAAUGUCCCAUCAGUAAAGGUAGUGAACUGCAGUUAGAAACAUAUUCAGAGAUGGUUCCUGCUUUGCUCCACACACAGUCCCUUUGGCUUUGAAGCCUCUGAUCCUUUAAGUCUAGUGGACAGUCUCUAAUUAGUAGUGAUACUGUUGUUUUAUAGCGUGACUUUAUCUUUAGUAGACUUUUACAAAUGUUCACUGUUUACUCAUUGAAGCAUAGGUCACAUGGUUGCAUUUUGUUUUUCUUGCUUUGUGCUAAUAAAACUUUAAAAGUCACCUUUGUUACUCAUUGCUCUGAAUCACACCUAACUAGUUCUGUUUACUCUCUUUCACUGUUUAAUUAUUGCUUAUUGCAAAAUUUCACAGCUGGUAGCAUGCAGACUAUCGACUUUCAAUAAAGAAUGCAAAUUACGGUUAAUCACAGUC